AAUUCAAUGUCUAUUGGCCACGUUUCUUUUGUUUGUUGGAUCUAUACAAACUGAAAGGACCUCACAGUGGGAUCAAUGUGGCUGUAAAUGGAGGAAUUGGGGAGCAUGGAGUACUUGUGAUAGCGAAUGUAAUGGUGAACGCAGUCGGUCAAAAAAAGUACGGAUGUAUACACAUGAGCCCGGGUGUACCUUCGGUUUCACAACUUGCGCAACAAAAGGCAGUGGAUGGGACUACUCGAGAUGUAAUACAUUUUGUCACAAUGGAGGAACAUCAAAUAGCUACUCGUGUAGCUGUGUAACAGGAUUUUAUGGAGAUUGCUGUGGAUUUCAGGUAAACUGUGGAGAUCCUGGAUCUAUAUCAAAUGGCAGAGUAAAUAGAGGUACAUUUACGUAUGGAAUUACAGUAAGAUACACCUGUAACAGUGGAUAUCUGUUGGUGGGCGGAUCAUCUAGUAGAACAUGCGGAAUCCGUGCAUUUUGGAGUGGAAGAAAACCACGAUGUGCAUAUUAUAAUUCCUGUGCUAGUGGUCCAUGCAAGAAUGGAGCAACUUGUACAAACAUACCUGAUCAUUAUCAAUGUACAUGUACUUAUGAUUGGUCUGGUAAAAACUGUGAUGUUGAUAUACAUCCAUCAGUAAUGACAAAUUGUUCUAGUGACAAAUCUAUAACAACAGCAGCACUUGAAAAUCUAGUAAAAUGGCAGAUACCUUCAUUCACUGAUCCACAUCAUAAUGCAGUCAAGGUUACAUCAAACUACCCUUCAAAUGAGUUCACAUUUCCAUGGGGAGAUUUUAAGGUCAGCUAUACAGCUAUCAAACAAAAAACCGGUUUAAGUACAAACUGCUUAUUCAGCAUCAGUUUAAGGCCAAACCCAUGUCCUACAAUCAAUGUUCCAGAGAACGGGGCGUUAAUAUGCAACAACUGGAAAACUGAUUAUGGACAGUUUUGUAGAUUUUUAUGUAAAGAAUCUUACACAAUUCCACGUGGUGUGAUGAUGGAUCACUUUUAUGUUUGUGGAGCUUCUGGAACAUGGAUGCCCUCAAAUACAAUACCCAAUUGUUCAGUGACAACUACACAUUUACAUGCAGCUGGAGGAUAUGCUAAUGGUCCAACGUAUUCAAGUUGUACGGAUGAUCGAAGACAAAUGCAGGAGUAUUACAUAGAUAAACUCAGCCAAUCUCAUUUCAGACAAUUUUGUAAAAAGUUUCAAAAAGAAUGUAUUCCUGAAAAUGUGUCAGUUAAGUGUUAAACGACGGUUUGGAAUAUACGUCCUCUUAUUUUUUUGACUUUGUUCAAAAUUCAUAUAUAAUCAUGUAAUUGUACUUAUUCUAUGUUAGCCAAUUAUUUACAAAAUGUAAAUCUGUUUUCAUACUGAUACAUUAAUAAGCAGUUCAACGUUUUAUUCGAAAUGCUGGAUAUCGUAAACUUCAUAAAAGGAACCUUCGAGAAAAAGAAGUUACAAUAUAUCAUAUUUAACGUUUUCGCAUUUUUUUUUAUUUGAGAAAACCCACAAUAGUUAAUCUAAAGA